UAUACCUCAUCAUUGCUACACUCUCUUCAUAAUUCUCCUUUUGUCCCAUCUCUUUCAUCUUGUUAUAAUUAUAAUUCUUCAACUUCGAACAAUAUGGUCUCUGAAAAAAUACAAGAAAAUAUUAAACUUCCAACCAUUGACCUUUCAUUAGAGAAAUCACAAACAUCAAAACACAUAGUGAAAGCCUCUGAAGAAUUUGGUUUUUUCAAAGUUAUUAACCAUGGCGUGGACACAAAUGUUAUUAAAAGAAUGGAAGAUGAAAGUUAUAGUUUUUUUUCCAAACCUUUUUCACAAAAACAGUGUGCUGGUCCAGCAAAUCCUUAUGGCUAUGGUUGCAAAAACAUAGGGUUCAAUGGAGAUAAUGGUGAAGUUGAAUAUUUGUUACUUCAUGCUAAUCCUUUGUCUAUCUCUCAAACAUCAAAAAAUAUUUCAAGUGAUCCAUUAAUGUUCAGUUGUGCAGUGAAUGGAUAUGUAGAAUCAGUGAGGGACUUGGCAUGUAAGAUAUUGGAAUUGAUGGCACAAGGAUUAAAGGUCCCACAAACUUCAGUCUACAGUAACCUAAUCAUGGACCUUCAUUCUGAUUCUCUAUUCAGGAUCAAUCAUUACCCUCCAUUUACCAACUGGACCCCACAUCUUCUUGGUCAGGAUAGUGACACAUCACCUACCACAAUAAGUAAAGUAGGGUUUGGAGAGCAUACGGACCCUCAGAUCUUGACCAUCUUAAGAUCAAACGAUGCUCCUGGCCUUCAAAUCUCACCUCAACGAGGAUUGUGGGUCCCUGUAUCACCUCACCCGAAUACUGCUUUCUCUGUCUUCGUUGGCGACACUUUACAGGCUCUGACAAAUGGAAGGUUUAAGAGUGUGAGGCAUAGGGCCAUGGUGAAUUCAUGCAAAACUAGGAUGUCAAUGGUGUAUUUUGGUGCCCCAUCACCCCAUGCUAGAAUUUGUUGUCCCUCAGAAUUGGUCACUACAACAACAACAAAAGCACCACACAAACCUUAUCAUCUCUAUAGGUCAUUCACUUGGUCUGAGUACAAGAAAAUUGCUUAUUCCAUGAGACUUGGGGAUACUCGUCUUGAUCAAUUUUCAACACUACAAUCAGAAAAUAGUGAUGAAACAACAAUUACUGAAUAAUUAGAGGUAUCAGGUUCGAGCUUCUCAAAAGAAAUGAGUCAUGCAACGCAAAUUCAAACUUAGUCCGGCUACAAUGUGGGUACUGAACGCGGAGUAGAAAAUCAAAAUAAAUUAUUGAAUAUAUAAUCUUGUUUAAUCUCUUACAAACAACUAUAUUGAAGCUUGAAUGGGUUCUAUAAUUAGUCCCCAAAGGGGAAUUUUGGACCCUCCCAUACCGUGUAUUAUAUUUUGCUUAAUUACUAGGAGAAACUGUUAAAGAAAAGUGUGUAAUGUUUUCCUUUUAGUUUCAAGGUUAAUGCAACAUUCUUCUGGAAACU